AUGGCCGACAAUCAGGAGUACUCGGCGGGCCGAGUGUUCCCCUCAUUGCCUCGAACGACUCGCGGCCAGCCGAUCGUCCUCGGCGCCGGGGCCAAGGGCGACGAGAUUAUUUAUUGCGCCGGCCAUUCCGUGUACACGGUGCGCAUCGCGGACAACGUGUGCACGGAUGUCUACACCGAGCACUCCCAUCCGACGACCGUUUGCAAGCAGGCUCCAUCCGGAUUCUACAACGCGUCGGCGGAUAGCGUCGGGAAUGUUCGACUAUGGGACACCACCCAAAAGACCCACAUCCUGAAGAACCAGUUCCAAAUGAUCGCCGGCCCGAUCCGAGACCUUGUUUGGUCCGACGACUCAAAGCGAUUGGCUGCUGUCGGUGAAGGCCGUGAACGCUUCGGCCACGCCAUCCUCUUCGACACGGGCACCUCAAACGGAGAUCUCUCCGGCCAAUCGCGCCCCGUCUCUUCGAUCGACAUCCGCCCCGUCAGGCCCUAUCGGCUGAUUACCGGCUCGGAGGACAAUACCGUGGCAAUCUUCGAGGGCCCUCCGUUUAAGUUCAAGACCCUCUUCCACGACAUUCACACCCGAUUCGUUUGGGUGGUCAGAUACGCGCCGGAUGGUCAGCUCUUCGCUUCGGCGUCUGCCGACGGAAAAGUGGUGCUGUUCGAGGGAACUAACGGCGAGAAGGUGGCCGAGCUGAUCGACGAGAAGGCUAAGGGCAACGCCCAUACCGGCAGUGUGUUCGGGCUUUCGUGGAGCCCUUGUGGCCAGAAGAUUGCGACGGCAUCUGGGGACAAGACUGUCAAGAUUUGGAAUGUUGCCGAGCGAAAGCUCGAACAAACGAUCACGUUCGGCAACGCGGUAGAAGACCAACAGCUGACGGCUCUCUGGACGAAGGAAGGCCUCAUCUCGGUCAAUUUGGCCGGUUUCAUCUACAGGCUCGAGGAUGGCCAAAUCAAGAAGACGGUCUAUGGGCACAACAAGCCGCUUACUAACGUCGUCCUCAGCGCCGACAAGGGCCAGCUGCUCACCUCGGAUUCAGAUGGUCACAUCACGCGUUGGACGUUGGCUUCUGGCGACUCGAUCCGUGUCACCCCUCAAAUCCACAAAACACAGAUCUCCGGAAUGGCGUUGACCGCCGAUGGCACCUUGAUCACCGUCGGCUUCGACGAUUCGCUGCAAUUUGCGAAGAAUGUGCUCGAGGGAAAUGCACAGGUGAAGCCGGAAGCGACGAAGCUUUCCUCACAACCGCUUGGCGUCGCUUCAAACAAGGACGGAAGUCUGGUUGCCGUUGCUUGCAACAAAUCUGUGGCCGUCUUCAAGAAUGGCUCGAAAUGCUGCGAGGCUCCGAUCAAAUACGUGGCCACCUGCGUCGCUGUCGCCGAGGCGAAGGGCUACGUUGCUGUUGGCGGCGACGAUCAGAAGGUCCACAUCUACAAGCUCGCUUCCGGCGCGCUCAACGAGGAGAAGACGCUCGACCACAGCGGCCUCCUGACGGCCCUCGCCUUCUCGCCCGAUUUCGAGCACCUGGCCGCCACCGACGCCAACAGGAAAGUAGUCGCCUACGCGGUGGGCAAGGACUUUGUGCGCGCCAACGAGAAGGAAUGGACAUUCCAUACCGCUCGCGCCAAUUGCGUAGCAUGGGCCCCAUCCGGCCGUCGACUUGCUACCGGUGGUAUCGACACGAAUGUGAUUGUCUGGGAUCUGGACCACAGCGGAGAACACCCGAUUAUCAUCAGGGCGGCCCACCCGAUGUCUCCUGUCAAUGGUGUCGUGUGGCUCUCCGAUUCGACCCUCUACUCCAUCGGCCAAGAUUCCAACAUCAAGGAAUGGCAUCUGAAGGUC